UUUUUUAGGACUUUACAACUAGCUCCGCAGCAGGGGGAAGGAGCCAGUGGAGGUGAGCGCCUGCUGGCUAUGACAGCUGAAGGCUGACACAAGGCUAAGCGCUCUCACCUGUGGCCAACACAGCCCUAAAGAAGACCUGCCUGCUGGACUCUUUUUCUCUGUAUCUGAGAUUCACCCAGCAUGAGGAGUGCUCUGCAGGCCGUGGCCCUGUGGGGAAGAAAAGCUCCUCCCCACAGCAUCACCGCCAUCAUGAUCACAGAUGACCAGCAAACCAUCGUGACUGGAAGCCAGGAGGGCCAGCUCUGCCUGUGGAGUCUCUCACCUGAACUGAAGAUUUCAGCUAAAGAACUUCUUUUUGGCCAUUCGGCUUCAGUGACAUGUUUGGCAAGAGCAAGAGACUUCUCCAAACAGCCCUAUGUUGUGAGUGCUGCUGAGAAUGGGGAGAUGUGUCUGUGGAAUGUGAGCAGUGGGCAGUGCGUGGAGAAGGCCACCCUUCCUUACAGGCACACUGCUAUUUGUUACUACCACUGCUCCUUCCGGAUGACGGGCGAGGGCUGGCUGCUGUGCUGUGGGGAGUACCAAGACGUCCUCAUCCUUGACGCCGGCACCCUGGCUGUCCUGCACGCAUUCUCCUCUCUGCAGUCCCCCGAUUGGAUGAAAUGCAUGUGCGUCGUUCACUCUGUGAGAGUUCAAGAAGAUUCUCUCUUGGUUGUGUCUGUGACCGGCGAGCUCAAAGUCUGGGACCUCUCCUCCUCCAUCAACAGCGUUCAGGAAAAGCAGGAUGUCUAUGAGAAAGAAUCGAAAUUUCUUGGCUCCCUGAACUGCCAGAUGAUACGAUUUUGUACAUAUACAGAGAGACUCCUGUUGGUGGUAUUUUCUAAGUGUUGGAAGGUUUAUGACUAUUGUGACUUUUCCCUUCUGUGGACGGAAGUUAGUAGAGGCGGGCAGUUCUUCGCUGGGGGAGAGGUGCUUGCGGCAUACCGGAUCCUUGUUUGGACAGAAGACGGUCACAGUUAUAUCUAUCAGCUGCCGAACAGUGGGCUUUCCAAAUGCAUAUGCCCUGCCGACGGAGGAGUUCUUAAGGACACUCUCUACCCUCACUUACUGUGCUCCACUUCAGUGGAGGAAAAUAAGAGCCUGCGUUCCGUCAUGGGCUACGUGAAUGAACGGAAGGAGCCUUUUUACAAGGUGCUUUUCUCUGGAGAAGUCUCAGGAAGAAUAACUUUGUGGCAUAUCCCAGACGUCCCCAUAUCUAAGUUUGAUGGUUCUCCUGGAGAAAUUCCAAUAACCACCACCUGGACUCUUCAGGAUAAUUUUGAUAAGCAUCACAUGGUGUCACAGAGCAUCACAGACGACUUCUCUGGGUCCAGGGAUGAAGUGGGAAUGGCAGCAGCCAUCACCUCAUCAGAGUACAUUCCAAAUCUUGAUAAACUCAUCUGUGGCUGUGAGGAUGGGACCAUCUUUAUCACUAAGGCUCUGAAUGCUGCCACAGCAGGACUUCUGGAAGGGGGCUCUUUAUUAAAAGAUUCCCCCUGCCACACCCUUCUCAGAGGCCAUCACCAGAGCGUGACGUCAUUGCUUUACCCUCACAGUCUUGCUUCGAAGUUGGACCAAAGUUGGAUGGUGUCUGGGGAUCGAGGCUCCUGUGUGAUUCUGUGGGACAUUUUUACUAAAGAAAUUCUGCACACAUUCUUUUUGGAAGCUGGUCCAGUAACAAGACUUUUGAUGUCGCCAGAGAACUUGAAACUGAGGGAUGGGCAGAUACUCUGCUGUGUGUGUGAUGACCACUCUGUGGCUCUCCUUCACCUGGAAGGGAGAAGGUGCCUACUGCGAGCCCGGAAGCAUCUUUUCCCUGUGAGGACAAUCAGAUGGCACCCAGUCGAGAACUUUCUAAUUGUUGGUUGUGCAGAUGACUCUGUCUACAUCUGGGAAAUUGAAACAGGCACUUUGGAAAGGCAUGAGACGGGAGAAAGGGCAAGGAUUAUCCUCAACGGUGCUGACGAUGUGCAGCUUGUCAGAGCUGAGCCUACACUGUCAGUGGCCUCCGAGACACAGAGACACAAAAGCGUAGAGCAGAGGUCAUCCAGCCCCCACCAGCCCGGGCUGCUGUCCUGCCCUGGUCUGCAGCUGGAGCCUUCGUGUAAGGUUGCGGAUGCCUCAUCAAUCCCAAGACCUUUUAAUGUCUUGCCUGUGAAGACAAAAUGGAGUUACAUUGGCUUCCAUGUUCUCCUGUUUGAUCUGGAAAAUCUUGUUGAACUACUGCUGCCCACUCCCCUAAACGAUGUUGACCCUUCUGGCUCAUUCUAUGGAAGUGACAUCUUGAGGAGAGCCAAGAGCACAGUAGAAAAGAAGACACUGACAAUAAGAAGAAACAAAGCAUCAUGUGGCUCUCUCCAGGCAGAGGCACAAGCCAAGCCCAGUGGGGACAGCCUGGCCCCCGGGGACAGCACCAGUAAGCUCCCAGAGGAGAGUGAUGGCAUUAAAAGACAGAGGAAAAUGAAGAGCUCCAAAAAGACAUACCCUAAGCCAUCCAGGAAGGUCGAUGCCAGCCUUACGAUAGACAUGGCGAAACUGUUUCUGUCUUGCGUUUUGCCAUGGGGAGUGGAUAAAGAGUUAGAUAGCCUCUGUAUCCAGCAUCUCAGCAUCUUAAAGCUGCAGGGCCCUGUGUCUUUGGGACUUGCUUCAAAUGAAGACCUCUUCUCUCUGAUGCUGCCUGGGUGGGAUGCAUGCAGUACCGAAAUGAAGGAGUACUCAGGAGUCAAUUUGUGUUCCAGAAAAGUUUUGGACUUGUCAAAUAAAUACACAGCCACUCUUCCACAGUACACUGGAAUCCCCAGAGGCCCGGAAAAUCACUGUGAUGCUUUGCAACAAUCAGAUACUAUAGUGUCUUUACUGAGCAGGCUUUUUUUAGUUAAUAAGUUAGUUAACAUGCCUUUGGAUCUGGCCUGUGAAAUGGACAGACCCUUCAAGACAGAGUCUGUGCAUAACAAGGGGAGAUUCCCUGGAAGUGAUAUUUUAAAUAUACCAAGCUUCUACAAUCACCUAAGAAAUGGUAGGAGUGAAUGCCACGCACAGGAGGCCGACCUCUCGCUUUUGAAGCUGGUCUCCUGCUGGAGAGAGCAGUCUGUACAGGUAACUGAAGCAAUACAAGCCGUCCUCUUGGCGGAAGUUCGGCAGCACAUGCAGAGUCUGAGAAAUGCACCAGUUGGUAGUCAACCGGAUCCAGUGUUAGAGCACGGCACAUGUGAAAGGAUGCAGGUCGCACUGAAGAUGGAACGGGCUGAAGAGCUAGAGCUACAGUAUGUGGGAAACGCUUCACCUCUGAGAAGUAAGUGA